AUGUCGAACAAAAUUCCAGCUGAACACGUUCGUCUUCUGAAACAGUUCGUUAACUUGUGUGAAGCGCAACCCGCUUUACUUCAUGCACCGGAAUUGGACUUCUUUCGACAAUGGCUCUCGACGUUAGGUGCAACGAUUCCUACUCCGAAAGCACAAGAAAGUUCACAUUCAACAAAAGUCGAUGUCGAAGAUGAAGAAGAAGAAACACCGUCAGCGAGCCACAAAGCAGAACCACCAAAAGUCGAAAGUGAACCCGAAAGUGAUUUAGAAUUAGAUACAACUGGCGUUGUUGAAGGAGAUAAUGAUGCACCACAGCCGAUGGGAGAUGUCAACGCUGAGGUAACAGAUGCAAUGUUAGAACAAGCCGAUGCUAAACGGGGCGAAGCUCAAGCGAAACUUUCUGAAGGCGCGAUCGAAGAAGCAAUUUCAUUAUUUACACAAGCAAUUGAAAACAACCCACAAUCGGCGAUUCUUUAUGCUAAACGUGCCCAAUGCUAUAUUAAACUACAGAAGCCUAAUGCAGCCAUACGGGACUGUACUCGUGCCUUAGAAAUCAAUGAAAAUUCGCAACAAGCAUUGAAAUGGAGAGGAAAAGCGCAUCGUAUGUUGGGUAACUGGGAAGCAGCUUACAAAGAUUUUUGUAAAGCUCAAAUCUCUGAUUUCGAUGAAGAUGUACAAACAUGGUGUAAAGAAGUUGAAGGGAAUGCCAAGAAAGUUGCUGAACAUAAACGUAAAUAUGAACGCCGACGAGAAGCCAAAGAAAUCGAAGCUAAACGCGAACGUAUUCGCAAAGCUCAAGAAGCUUAUGCCAAAGCACAACAGGAAGAAAAUGAAAGACGAACACGCGAACAACAAGCUCGUGCAGCUGGUGCACACCAAUUCCCAGGCGGUAUGGGAGGCAUGGGAGGCAUGGGCGGCAUGGGAGGUAUGGGUGGUAUGGGCGGAAUGGGUGGUAUGGGCGGUGGCGCCGAUCUCGGAGGAUUGGGCGCUAUGCUCAACGACCCAGAAAUAAUGGAAGCAUUACAAGAUCCUGACGUACAAAAAGCUUUCUCGGAAGUCAGCGCAGAUCCGUCGAAAAUAGCCGCACAUCAGAGUAAUCCAAAAGUGCGUAAAAUUAUGGAGAAACUUGCUGGUAAAUUUGGUGGUGCCGGUGGACCCAUGGGAGGAAUGGGCGGAAUGGGAGGUGGCUUUCCCGGCUUUCCAGGUGAUAUGGGUGGUGGUGCAUCGUCUGCUAAUGAUCUCGAUUAG